GUAUAAUUGAAUAUUGAAUCGAGACGCCUACACAAAAAGUAAACAGAUGUUUUAUCUUGUAAUUCUUCCAAAUGGGGUCAAAUAACUUCUCUACCUGAGAUAAACUAGUCAUUUUAUUAGAAACCCGCAUAGGAAGUACUUUAAAGAAUAUACAACAUAAAAUUGACAUAAGGAGAAUAUUAUAUUUAGAUCGAUUGCCGGCGUUUCGGCAACAUGUUUAAAAUAGUUAUUGUCGUUUUCGUUCUAUUCGGAAAUGUUAACCUUAGCGAUGUAAGCUUUUACGAGAUUUUGGGUAUAACAAAGCACUCCACUACGCAAGAAAUUCGACAAGCUUAUAAAAAAUUAGCAAUAAAAUAUCAUCCCGAUAAAAAUCAGGAUGAUUCAGUUCAAGAGAAGUUUCUCAAAAUAACUGAAGCAUAUGAAACAUUGAAAGAUCCGCAGAAGCGGCGCAUGUAUGACACUUUUGGGGUCCAUCAACCUAACUCCAGGCAGCAUGACUAUCGGAGCCAGAAGGAGUACAACACUAUGUUCUAUAAUGGUCUCUACCAUGAAGAUCCAUUUGUAGAUACUGUUUCUGGGAAAGAGUUUUAUAAUUAUUUAAGUGAUGGGUUCCACUUCAUAAACUUCUAUUCUCCAUUCUGCCCUCCUUGUCAAAAUCUAGCUGAACACUGGAAGAAGCUUGCAGAAGUAUAUAAAGGAAUUGUGAAAGUUGGUGCAGUGAAUUGCAAAUAUCACAAUUCAUUUUGCUACAACUCAAUGAGAAUUGGCAGCUAUCCAUCUCUAUUAUUUUAUCCCGAUGGCAAAAAAGGCAACUAUAUUUACUACCGCGGUGCUCACACAUUUAAAGCACUGGAAGAUUUUGUCCUAUCAUACAUAGAGAAAACGAAUUAUGUACCAACUCUAACAUACUUGAGAGGCCUGGAUAAACCCAUGGUAUAUGUAUUAGGGAGAAACAGAAUAGACCAUGAUGCUUUGACCAGACUAGCAUACCAUUUGAAUGGACUAGUCACAUUAGCAGUGAUUGAAGAUGACAACCUCAGGUCCGAGCUAACAAACAACGAGUACACGACCGUGGUAUACCGGUACAGAAAGACGGUGAAGGAGAUUACCAGCACAGAGGAGAAAGAAAUCCUGGGCGAAAUCAUUGAGUCUCUGCCUACUAUUGAACCAGUGGAUCCCGAGAAGUUUAAGGACAUAAGGAACCAGCUUCGAAAUGGCUACCAAAACGCCUGGGUGCUGUACUUCUCCAAGAAGGAUGACGACAAACUGUUGCUAUAUCAAAUGAGGAUGAAAUUCCCAGUUUUGCAUUUUGGUGAAAUCGACUGCGACGCGUGGUCGCACCUCUGCCUAUCGCUGCAAGUGGAUGCCACGCCCGCGUGGGCCCUGCUCAAGCCAGGAGGCGCCUACCAGAAGGCCUCGCCGUCCGCCGACCUUAAGACUUUCCUGAGAGUGGCCCCGCUGGCUACGCAGCUGCAUUCAUUGGCGCCGUCAGCCAUUCAGACUUUACAUGAAGAUGUGGGCACUUGGGUGGUGCUAGUAGUGCCGUACAAGGCCUCAUGGGACACUGUAGCCGAAGCCUUCACACGCGCCUCUCUGCAUUUCCGAGACUCAAAAGAUAUAAGUUUCGGCAUAAUAACGUGUAGUGAAAAGAGCGCGCACUACUGCCGCGAAGUGUCUUCGAACUCGCCACUCAUUUUGAUACAAACGGGCGACAAGAGGGACUUGUAUAGCGGCCGGGUAGAUGAACACCAAGUAGUGGACUUCAUACAACUUAUAAAGGACAGCGCAGAUAUGGAAUUGACACAAGAGCAGGCUCUGGAGAUAUUAGAUCCCAGCCGCGAAGAAACUUGGUUGGUGGCCUACCUGCCGCCCGGCUACGAAGACUUGAAGCAUGUUUGGCGGCUGGUCGCCAAUAAGCUGCGGCCGCUGGAUUUCGUGCGCGUGGGAGUGCUGGUGUGCGCGCGCGGCGCGGGCGGCUUCUGCGCCAACGUGCGCGCGCCCACCGCGCGCCUCUACCCCAUCGCGUCCGGACAGCACUACUCAGUAAGUUUGCAACAUCUAAAUGAGGCGCCAUACAUACUGGAAUGGGCGCUGGAGCACAUUGACGAUUCGGUGCAGAAACUCAACUGGAACUCCUUCUCCAAACGCGUCAUAGCGGAGGAACUGCAACCAACAAGUGGCAAGAAACCCUGGUUGGUCUACUUCCACUCCCCACGGUGCUAUCGCUGCUACGAAAUGUAUGCAGAUUUCGCAAUUGCGGGCAUCCUACUCAACAAUGCAGUCAAUCUGGGUAGAGUGAACUGCCUCAACGAGCGAGGCGUCUGCCAACACGAACACAUCACCAGCUACCCGUCCCUCCGGCUUUACCUCAACAGGAACACCCAUCAGAGGUUCAGCAGCGUCACCUCCAUUCACGUGCAAGACUAUGCUUCGCUUCUUAAGCACAUCAAAGCACACUUGAUGACGUAUGAUGAAACCUUACUGGCCGGCAUUGAUAUGAAGUCCAGGCAUGAUGAGUUAUAAUUAGUAAAGUUCUAUAGGUAGCGAAUUUUUAAUAAUCUCGUUAAUGCAAUCUCAAGGCUUUUUUGUAAGAACAUUAAAAUUUAAAAGCUACUAAAAUGGCGGGAAUACCCGCAAAUGUUUCGAUUUACUUUUAGCUUAGAAGUUUCUAAAUUAAUACUCCUUUUAUUAUUCCAAUGCAAUGUUGUAUUGUAAGGAAAAAUGUGAUAAUAAUCCACUUACCCUAUUUUUAGGAUCAUCUCAUACAUAUAUUUUUGUAA